CCACGCCCACUCGGCUACACUCAUGGCCAAUCAGAUCUCACCGGCACUUUAGACUCAUUUCCUGCUGUUAUUCGCACAGAGCGCGAGCGGGUGGUGCGCGUGAAAGAGUUUUUCCCCUGCAAUCUACACACCGACACAGACUUGUACACUGCGGAAAGUGCCGCUUGCUUGUCUCUCCGCCGGGCUUUAAAACAUCGGUGCAGCGAGAAAUAAAUGAAGCGUGACGACGGUCCGGAUUUAUGUGAGACACAGAAGGUUGGUCUGAAUCUUUGCACAGCGUUUGUGGUUGAUUGCAGGAGGCGUUCAAAUCUAUAAACAUCCUGCAAGUUGAUCAAUCAAGCGGAUUAACGCACUGCGCACGCGAGCUGUCCUUCUGUCCGAAAGAGUCACAGGAAUAAAUGUCCUGUGUCACUGUACGUCCAAACCCUGCGUGUGUGCGAGGGCCUGACUGUGUGCAGGGCGAGCAGAGGGAAAUGUAAACACUGCCUGUGUGUCCCGAACUGACUGAGUGAGAUGAGCGGCGGAAUGGAGCCGGAAGUGGAAGGAACCCACGGGCCGCAGCGGCUCCGGCCGUCUUCAUACCGCGCGUUGCGCAGCGCCGUGUCCAGUCUGGCGCGCAUCGACGACUUCAUCUGCGAGAAGAUCGGCUCAGGCUUCUUCUCUGAAGUGUUUAAGGUAAAACACAGGGUGACUGGACAGAUCAUGGCGCUGAAGAUGAACACUAUGGCCAGUAACCGGGCCAACAUGUUGAAAGAGGUGCAGCUCAUGAACCGUCUCAGCCACCCCAACAUCCUCAGGUUUGUGGGAGUGUGUGUUCACGAGGGACACCUCCAUGCUCUCACAGAGUACAUUAAUGGUGGAAAUCUGGAGCAGCUGUUGGACAGUGAUGUGUUUCUGUCCUGGGCGGUGAGGAUAGGCCUUGGUCUGGACAUCGCACGAGGGUUGCAGUACCUCCAUAGCAAGGGUAUAUUCCACAGAGACCUCACAUCAAAGAAUUGUCUGGUGCGUUGGGAGAAUGGAGUUUGCACCGCUGUGGUUGGAGACUUUGGCCUGGCGGAGAAAAUUCCAGACAAUAGUGAUGGCAUUCAGAAGCAGCCUCUGAGUAUCGUGGGUUCUCCGUACUGGAUGGCUCCCGAAGUGCUCAGAGGAGAGCAGUAUGAUGAAAAGGUGGAUGUAUUUGCUUAUGGCAUUAUCCUUUGUGAGAUCAUCGGUCGGAUUCAGGCAGAUCCAGACUUCCUGCCCCGCACAGAGGAUUUUGGUCUAGAUGUGGAUGCAUUUCAGCCUCUAGCAGGAGAGUGUCCCCCUGCUUUCCUCAGCAUGGCGGUCACCUGCUGUUCUAUGAAGCCAAAGUGUCGCCCUCCAUUUUCUGAGAUAGUGUCUGAGUUGGAGAGAAUCAGUGCUGCACAGCAGGUGGAGCAGACGGGGCAUGUGGAAGCAGAACCAGUUAAGUCUAAUGCUAACUCCCUGCGUGAGAGAUCAUCAUCUUUGGAUGUCAUGCUGGAUGAUCAGCUGUCCCUGAGUAAAUCCGAUGCAUCUCCUGUCCAGAGCACGCCAGCACGGGUCAACCCCUUCUCCCAGAGGCACGACCUCAACGGCGGACGAAUUAAACUUUUUGACACACCUAGCAAAUCGGUCAUUUCACUCACCUUCACCCUGCCUCCACCUCCUGACCCAUGCAGCCCCACCCACUUUGGGAAGGGUUUGCCCCGAUCCCAUAGACGUUGCCAGUCUUUGCCUUGCACACCGGAGGACAUCCAGUCAUUAAACAGAAACACAGACAGAGAUGCUCACCCAAAUGUAAUGCCUCCGGAUGUUAACGAGACGACAGCUUGCACUGUUAAUAUUCCCAACAUGGACAGUGAUAGUAUGGUGAACAUUUACACAGAGGUUGAGCAGGAUCAUGUGUUCUCUGCUCACACAGAUAGUUCAAAUUCAACAGAAGAACAAGAAAAUGAACACAGGAUCAUAAAAAACUCAAGUCAUAAAGAACUGGAAGAGGGGAAUUGCAUGGAGAAGCUAAAAGACUAUGCUUGUCAAGCAGACGAUUCUGGUGUUCCCAUAGAUCUUGAGUUAAUGUCCCUAGAUCACUUGACUGAAGAGAGUGUAGAGGAGGAAGCAAUGGACUGUAUCAGCUCCCCCAAUACACCAUGUGAUUCACCGAAACCCUUCACUAAUGGCUGGACCCCACCUGUAUCAGACAGGCCCCAAUUUUUACCCACGUUACCCGAUUUGGACAACAACAACAGUCCUGUGCAACCUUUGAAUCUGCCAGUCAAUGGUUUCCAUGAUGCCACAACCCCCGUGACCCCACCAGAACAGGAUGAGGUUGUAGUGUGUUCAGGCUGCUGCCUGGCUGGAUUCAGUUUUCCCUCCAUGUGCAUGCGUGGGAGACGUCGCAACCCAUAUAAGAACUUAAACGGUGAUUCUGCGACGAGGGAGUUGCUGUGCAGAGUGCAGCCACCUUCACCUCCUUCACAUAGCGCACACACUCCGUGAUGAACUGCAUGUGAGAGGACACUGCACAUUUAUCCUAUGCCUUAAAACCUGCUGCUGUUGCACAUUGCUCAGAGAAAAAGUGUUGAACUGUGCUGGGGCUUACUGGGGUGUUAUUGAUUUGUCUAUGUAAAAUGCCCCUUUGUUUAACAAAAUUAUGCCCUUCAAUGGGUUUAAUGGACACUUUCUCAAAAAAACAGAAUAUUGUUUAAAACAAAGAGAGAGAAAAUUGAUUGCACAGCUGAGCUGUUAAUAACGACUAUAAAAUUAGAAGGUGCUAUGCAUUGUGUACCUAACUAUGCCUGUGUGUAUUUAAAGUAAAUGACAAAUCUCAUAAUGAGCUGUAAAUUAUUUUAUUUUCUGGUUUGUCUUUAUUGCCUUGCUUUUCUGCGACGGCUCUUAAGAAGUCUGUAUAUGAAUGUUAUAGUUUGAUAUUGUUUUGAAAAAAAAUUGGGAUGUAAAGUUUUGUUUAAAUGUUAUUUUAUUAAGGAAAUUAAAUUGCAUUGAAAUA